AUGGAACGUCAGCGCCCUAGUGUGGACAAACCCGCGAACAAAAUUGACAUCAAAGAAAUACAGAGCGAAUACUGCGAUCUUUUCAAACAGAUCGAGUUCACGCAGCCUAGAGCAAUAUUCGAUAGAACCCAGGCCAUCGUUCAUCAGGCAACUAAAGCUAAAAAUGUUAUCAGAGAGGCGAUCAUCAAUUUAGAUUAUCAUAGCACAUUGUCAGAGGAAGAGUGGUCUAAACUUUCUGCAAUCGAUCCACUUAAAGAAGUCACAUCUUAUAUUAAGGAAAUAAAAGAAUGUUUACCAAAAGGUAAGGACAUUCAGUUGCUGAUUGUUGGCAAAACUGGCCAGGGCAAAAGCGUUGCUGCAAGUCGUAUCAUUGAAACCGAGGACGCCUUUAAAAGCUCGUCCAGCACCAAGUCAGCAACAGACACGGCGUCGUGCAAGUACAACGUGAUCGAUGACCGUCUGCUCACUGUGGUCGACACACCAGGUGUUAUUGAUACAGCUUUCAAUGCCAAGGACGCAGCCUCCAUCGCUCACGCGGUGCGGUGUAUAAGUCACGGGAUAACGUUAUGUCGCGGGGGUUUUCACGCGCUUGUUAUAGUGAUGAAGUACGAUAUCAGAAUGACGGCUGAAGAAAAAAAUGCAAUCAAGCUUAUUAAAGCUGUUCUGGGGGAAAAUGUUUUAAAAACUCACGGGAUCUUGGUGUUUACAUAUGGUGAUACAUGUGAAGAUUUCGACGCUUAUCUUCAUCAAAAACACGAUCCUACUUUCAAGCAACUUCUAGCUGACUGUAACUAUCGAUGUGUGUUAUUUGACAAUAAAACCGAGGACAAACUCAAAAGAAAACAGCAACUCAUUAAACUCGUGAAACUAGUAGACAGUCUUAAUGCCCCUUGCUUAGAUAACGAAACGUUUCAACGGGCUGAAGAAACCAGAAAUCAAUACAUUGCUAAUAAUCCUUUACUGAGUCAGGCAGUUUCAGAGUCAAUGAAAUGUAUCGAAACAACACUCUCUAAACUCUCCAGCAAUAAACCCAAGGAAACUGAAACCAUAAAUAUUAAAUCAUUUUUAGAUCAGAUUGAACAUAUUAAUACAAUUUUGUCUGACAAACAGGGGGAGAAUGUUCAGAAUUUGAAAGAAGGUUUGGAAGAGAUAAAAAAUGAAAUCAAAGCGAAAGGCGAUAUGAAUAUUACUCAGUUGCGUAACACCCAAAAAGUGAUGAAAGUCAUUGAUAUUUUAAAGGAAGAACAUGACAAAAUCAACCGUUUUGUGAACGAUGUUGUGGAGGGGGAAGUAAGUAAGAAUUCUUGUUUUCCUUCCAAUGCAGUUAUAACAUUAAUUGAUGGUACAAGCGUGUACAUGAAUGAAUUACAAAUCGGCGACAAAGUUUUAGCUAGAGAUGAAACAGGAAAGUUGAUGUACGAUGAAGUCUACAUGUUCGGUCACCUGGAACCGAAUGUUUUGAGUUGGUUCGUGACUUUACACACAACAGAACAACACGUGUCUCUAUCAGAAGAUCACCUAGUCGUCUGCAAGCGUGAUGGCCAGGAGCGAACCAUCCCAGCGAAAGAUAUAAUUAUUGGCGAUUGUUUGUUCGUUGUAUCUGGGAAGGAACUAAUUAAUUCACCUGUGAUUAACAUCAGCCGGACAUACGAUAAAGGUCUUUACGCCCCUUUUACUAAAGGUGGGACCAUCAUAGUCAACAACGCUUUGAUGUCUUGCUACGUGGACGUCUUACACCACGAUUCUUGUCACAAGCUGUUAGGCCCCAUUCGUUCUUUGCAUACCUUGUGUCCCAAACUACUAACAGCUAUCAACCAGCAAAAUCAUUCAAAAUAUAUCCCGAAAUGGGCAGAAAUAGCAAUAAAAGUGAUCAGAAUGUUUAAAAAACAAGCAGAAUAAUCAGG